AAGGCGCAUGCGUGAUGUGCGCGCGCAAUUUUCCUUAUUCCAUCUCGCCCUGGCAUCGGACACGUGAUCGAAUGAUCACCACCUUAUUGCUUUGUGUAUAAAAUGCAAAUUAUAUGAAUAUGUUGCGCUGAGCAGUGUUGCGUGGGCCGUCAGUCGAGGUCGGGCGCGCCGCCGCGAGUCAUGAGCUCCCCUAAGCUGGGCGACCGCUGCCCCAGUGGUCUGGGGAAUGCCAAGCUCACCAACGACUCAAAAGAGGACUCCCUAGAUAAUUCUAUAAGGGAGUCGAUAAAGUGUGAGCGCGGCAAGGGCGAAGAAGACUGGCGGCGGCGCACCAUCAUCGUCGAGAAGAAAAACGGCUCUUACGGCUUCACCCUGCAGAGCUACGGCAUACACUACAAGAAGGAGCAAGAAAUUGAGGUGAUAACGUACGUGGAGAAGGUGGAGGCGGAAGGGGCAGCGGCGGUGGCCGGCAUGCGCGAGGGUGACGUCAUCCUUUCCAUCAACGGCAUCGACGUCGAGCACGCCGACCACGCCGCCAUCGUCGACGCCAUUAAUAGCUGCGACACCAGGAUGCGCAUCGUCGUCAUCUUUGAGGAUUGCGUGCGGAAGGUCGAACUUCAUCUCAAAUACAUUAAUAUACAGAGAACUUUGCAAGCCAAGAUGCGAGAACUGGAGCAGCUCAACGUCAGAGAGAGACAAAUACUCGACUCCAACUGGAAGACGCACAGUCUACCGUCGCAGAAAAAAAAAUCAUCACCAUCGGACGUCACCUCGGAUAGCGAAGAGAACAACGUGGCCGAAAACGGCGGAUACUGCCGGCCGACGCUGUCCAGCGAGAAUGUAACGAACGCAAAGCCGGCCGCCGGCAGUGUGUUUAUGUACCGGUAUCUGGAUCCGCGGUACGGCACCUGCAUCAUCCGGCCCGACCUGCGCACCGGCAGCUUCGUCAUCACCGUGGGAUCGCCGCGCAACAGACGCGAUUGCCACCACUGCGUCAUCAAAACGACGGGCGAGUCUCACCGAGCAGCCGAAGUCUACACGACCAGCAACGGAAAACAUGGCAAGGUCCACAGAAACAACCACAGCCACGGCUGCGGAGCUUGUAUGCCGCCUUACAACAACCAGGACGCCAACAGUCUCGAAGCGUACGACCUGGCUAGCCCGUGUUGCGAUCCACAUUGCGUCCCUAACUCUAGGAAGAAAGUAAGAAGGAAAAAGGAAUGUUCAAAGGAGCACAAAAGGAGAGAAAAAUGCCAGCAAGUAGAUAAGUCGACACAAAAGACAGAGAGUUGUGGUCACACGCACUCGAAGAAAACGUGCAACUCGGGACAUUGUUCCGGCCGCUAUCGCUACCUGACCACAGAGUCGACGCAGACUAGUCGGUGCAGCCUGCAGUCGUACACGGCGAGCGAUGUCACCGCGCCCUGCGACAACUCCGCCUCCAGCUAUAGCACCUCACUCAGUAGCGAUACGCUCUUCUGGGACAACGAUCGCUCCGAGGCUAAAUCCUCCCCGAAGAUACAGUAUCAGAGUUCUCACCAGCACGUCAAGCCCAAAUCGUGGGAUAAUUUGACGACGAAAGCAUUCGGCGGAUAUGGUUUCGGUUAUGGCUAUCUCGACACGACCGCCAAACAGUCGAAUAGGUCCAAGAGCCACGGGCGUAGUCACAGCGGGCGCAGCACACAGACCCACCACGAGUACCAGCAGCAUGCGCAGGAGAAGCACCAGCAGCGGCAGAGCGGCACGCCGCACCACUACCCCGUGUACAGUCGGAGCCGAAGUCACUUCCAACCUACUAAGUCUCAAGAAAGUCUGAUGGUUGUGCCUAAGUAUACACUAGAGAGUGGUGGGUCGGAGAGUCGGCUGGCUUGCGAGUGCGCCGAGGGCGGGGAGUGCCACAGGCGCGCGCGGCCCGCCGACAGCCCCGCGGAGCCGUGCACCGCCGGUUACUACUCGCAGAGGUUCCUCUACCCCACGCACUCUUACAAGAAGAAGAAUGCUGCCGUUAGCUCUGAAAUCACUAGACUGUAAGCAAUAAUGGAAACGCACAAUGCUCAAUUUAAAGCCUAAAUGUUAGUUAAAAUCGAUUUAGUACGUAUAGUGAUGUAACGUUUUAAUGUAAGUUAGUCAGCGGCUAGAGUCGAUUGUCAUUAGAUAUUUACAUAUAACCCCGAUACGGAAGAUAGAAAAUCAUGGAAGGAAUAGAUGAAUGAGAAGGAAAAAUUAGUAAAGAAAUAAAGUAAUACAUUUCGGUUUGCGUGAAUAGCGUAAGAGGUAGGAUAUUGUUGGUGUUUAAUUGACUCUAAUGCUAAUAAGUGGAUUUUGAAAAGCAGUGUUCACCACGAAACAAAACAAGCAACAAUAAUUUUCUCUAGAAGUCUAGAUCAAGAUCUAGUUGUGGUAGUCUAGAAAUAAAAUUUGAAGUCGGGUACCACUAAUAUAGAUUAAAAUUACUCGAGUCCAUUAUGAAAAGUCCGUUUUCACAACGAAGGUGUUUUUAAUAGUUUUUGGUAUUUUAACAUAAUUAUAUUAUUCAUACGUUAUUCAAAGACUGUUUAGCAAGUCUUGCUCAAUAUAUAUUUACUUGCAUGCCUAAUUACUAAGAACACUUAGUGCCAUGUUGCCUAAACACACAAGAUAGAAAACGCACAACCAUGUUAAGAAUAUUUAUUAUUCAGCCAGUUAAAUAUAAAAUG